GGUUCAACAUGUCCGAUAUCCCAGCUGGAGAUUACGAAAAGGGAAAGAAGGUGUACAAGCAGAGAUGCUUGCAGUGCCACGUCGUUGACUCGACCGCCACAAAGACCGGACCAACCCUCCACGGAGUUAUCGGACGUACAUCAGGAACUGUGUCUGGAUUCGACUAUUCCGCUGCUAACAAGAACAAGGGAGUCGUCUGGACCCGCGAGACCCUCUUCGAGUACCUCCUCAACCCAAAGAAGUACAUCCCAGGAACCAAGAUGGUGUUCGCUGGACUCAAGAAGGCUGACGAGCGUGCAGAUCUCAUCAAGUACAUCGAGGUUGAAUCCGCCAAGUCCCUCUAAAUAUUCCCCUAAAUGUUCUCGCCUAGCUACGGCAAUUUUUCAUAGUUAGGCACUUUCGAUUGUUUUACUUUUAUAUAUUGCACUAAUUUUGUGUCAUUCUCAUUUUUAGUAGCAAGAAUAUACGUCAAUUUGGAAAAUAAAUAAUUUUCCU